UGUUGUAUGUCUCUUUAUCCCUUUGAGGGGCCUGUCAGAAACCCUGGGCUCAUCCAUAGCAUCUUGUGAUCUCUGCGUUCCUCAGCCUGGCUCUGGUGCCAUCAAACCUUGGUCUCAGGAGCUUGGACAGGCAUCUGAAUCUCUUUUCUUUUGGAAAGCAUCCAGUCUGAUCUCUUAAGGUCUUACUCUGACCUGUAUUGCCAGCUGUGCACCUGAAGGAUCCAUUACAAGAGAUGAGGAAUUAGAGGAAUGGGAAGAUAAGAAGAGGAUUCUCAGGCAUCCAUCUCUGCAAUUCUUGAAGCAAAUCAUUCUGCUGGCAUCUUUUUCCAGCCUUGUCAGCUUGCUGUCAGUCUUCCCUCAGUGAUCUCAUUUUGCAUUCUCUCAGUCCUCGUGGUUCUUCUUGCUGAGUUUUUUUCGUCCCCCUGUCCUCCCCUCGUUUGUCAUGUCCUGUGUCACGGGUGCCUGCACGCAUUUGGUCUGGAGCUGCUCUGCCCUGAUGCAUAGUCAAGAUAGGACAAGGUGCAGGGACUUGCGUUUUGUACUGUGGGAUGGUGUUGGACUCUAGAUCAGAUCUGCAGAUUCACUCAAGAUGUCUGGGGCUGCCCAGCUGUUAUGCUGGGCUUUAAAUUUUGUUCUAAGUUCUUUUUACCUGCAGUUUACCUGGGGUUUUGGGUAGAAAAUGUGUGGGGAUGUCUCUUAGCUCUCAGGUAACCACUCACUGACCUCCCGCUUCUGUCUCGCAGGUCCCCGAGGCAGAUUUCCAGUUCUCAGCCGCCACCUUUCAUGGAACCUGUCCCUCGAUGUUGAGGACCAGCAGCCAGAGGAUGCGGUCAAGCAUCCUGUUCACCGUACCGUUUCAGGGCAGUGACAGCGAGUACGAGGUGGACCCGGGGCACCAGAAGGGCAUCUCCCGGGCACAGGCUUACAGCUACACCGAGAGCGAUUCGGGCGAGCCCGAGCACACCCCGCUCUCCCACAGCACCUCCACGCAGCAGGGCAGCCUGUUCCGCCCCAAAGCCAGCAGGACUCCCACCCCCCAGACCCCCGGCAACGCCCCAGCAGCUAGCCGGGACCCUGUGAAGCACCGCCAGGUGACUGCCCACUGUGAACCGCCCAAGGUGAGCUGCCCACAG